CUUAUUUAUUGAUGGAGAAGUCUCCAUUACUUAGAAAUCAUUAAUUAAAUAAGAUUAAAUAACAUAACUUAGAUAGAUAAAUUAUCAAUAAUAACCUUAAUCAAUAAAGAUACCACAGAUAAUCUGAAAAUUGCCCUAGGGCCUAGAUCGCGCGAAUAAGGGGUAGCAUGAAAACAAUCUGAAACAAUAGGGGCAUUUUGAUGAUCUGGAAAGUAUGGGGGCAUUUUAAAAAUUAAGGUAAAUCAUAGGAAAUCCAAAGAAAUGAAUUUUUUUUAGGUUCCAUCAGAGACCGACCAGAACCUUGAAUCGGAGAAAUAGCUCCGGCGGGCUUUCUCUGCUCCGCCCAGGCGCCCACGCCUGCUUCUGAACUCGGCUCCUUCCGCAUGCGCGUCCCCUGGCAUGUCCUUCGCCCUCCUUCACUCCUUGCUCGUUUUAGCCCUGCUUCUUCCUGCCCUCCGUCGGACCCCGUCGCCUCUGCAGUCCACGACCGCCUUCUGCAGUGCCGCUCCCUAGCCCACGCGAAGCAGGCCCACGUCCAGGCUGCCGUAUCUGGUCUCCUCCUCUGCCAUCUCCCCAUCACCUCCUCUCUCCUCCUCUCCUAUGCUGAACACGGCGCCCCCGCCGCCUCCAUCCGUCUCUUCGACGACAGCCCCCUCAAGCUCCGGGAACCCUUCCUAUGGAACACCCUCGUCCGUGCCCUCUCUAGAUCCGGACUCCAUGAUUCGUCCCUCUCUGUUUACAACGGCAUGCUCCGUGCCGGCCUCAGACCCGACGAUCGCACCUUCCCGUUCGUCUUCACAGUCGCUGCUGUUGCCACGCAGGCGCGAAAAGGGUGGGAGCUUCAUGGAUCAGUGAUAAAGUUUGGAUUUUUGGAUGAUGUCUUUGUCGGGAAUACUCUCUUGAUGUUCUAUUGUGCCAUUAACGACGUGUGCUCCGCACGACAGGUGUUCGGUGAAAUGGUGCACAAAGACACUGUGUCAUGGAAUUCAAUCAUUUCGGUGCUGUCGUCUAGUGGGAUGUAUGUGGAGGCAGUAAGAUCUAUUUCGGAGAUAAAAAGGUGUGGCCUUCCACUGGAUUCCGUGACGCUGAUCAGUUCACUACCUGCUUGUGCUGCAUUGCAAGAUGAGGAUUUUGGAAAGGGAAUUCAUGGAGUUUCUAUUAAGCAUGGCCUUGAUUCAGUGGUAAGAGUUGGCAAUGCUCUGAUUGACAUGUACGGGAAGUGUGGUGACUCAGAAGCUUCAUUGCGAGUUUUCAAUACUAUGCUGGUAAAGAAUGAUGUUUCCUGGAACUCUCUUAUUGGCAGUCUUGUCCAUGUUGGUUGGUAUGAGGAUGCCUUGAAGACAUUCAAGAACAUGCACGCUAACAAUGUAGAGCCAAACUCCAUCACUAUAUCAACCCUCCUACCAGCAGUGGUCGAGUUAGAGUCUUUCAGUAUUGGCCAAGAGAUUCAUGGUUAUAUUUUGAGGCAUUACUUGGAUUCUGAUAUUUUUGUUGCUAAUUCUCUAUUGGACAUGUAUGCAAAAUCUGGAUUUCAUUCCAAGGGGUCACAUAUUUUCUAUAGAAUGCAUAAUCGAAAUGUGGUUUCUUGGAACACAAUAAUUGCAAGUUUUACACAGAAUGGAACUGAGUUAGAAGCUAUUAAACUAGUUAUGGAGAUGCAAGAUCACGGCGAGUGCCCUGACUCGGUGACAUAUACGAAUGUGCUCCCAGCUUGUGCUAGGAUAGCUUCAUUGAAAAAGGGUAAGGAAAUCCAUGCCAGGGCAAUCCGCUUCGGUUCUGAUUAUGACUUGUUUGUUUCAAAUGCUUUGAUUGAUAUGUAUGUUAAGUGUGGAAGGUUUAAUCUUGCUUGGAGCACUUUUGAUGUGUCAAAGAGAGAUCAUGUGUCUUAUAAUACCUUAAUCUCAGGGUUCUCUGAUAGUCCAUGGUGUGCAGAAGCUUUGAAUUUGUUCGUGGACAUGCAAUACGUAGGCCUUGAACAUGACAUCGUUUCCUUUGUUGGAGCAUUAUCUGCAUGUGCUAAUCUAUCUGCAGUCAAGCAAGGAAAGGAGAUACACUGCUCAUCUAUCAAGAAGUCCAUCGACACUCAUCUCUUUGUUGCAAAUUCAUUAUUAGAUGUGUACGCUAAAUGUGGAAAGCUUGAUCUUGGUAGAAAGAUCUUUGAUAGGAUGCCGAACAAGGAUGCAGCCUCUUGGAAUGCUAUGAUCUUGGGACAUGGAAUGCAAGGAGAACUUGAUACGGCAAUCAACUUGUUUGAUCUAAUGAAAGAUGAAGGUGUGAAGUACGACCAUGUUUCUUACAUUGCUGUUUUAUCAGCUUGCAGCCAUGCUGGACUUGUUGAGAGAGGGAAGAGAUAUUUUGAUGAAAUGUUAGGGCAAAACAUCAAGCCAAUACAGAUGCACUAUGCUUGCAUGGUCGAUCUUCUAGGUAGAGCUGGACGGAUGCAAGAGGCUUCGGAAUUGAUAAAAAGCAUGCCCUUCGAGGCAGAUUUCAAUGUUUGGGGUGCAUUGCUUGGUGCAUGUCGCAUUCAUGGAAAUCUGGAAUUUGCAAAAUUGGCAGCAGAGCAUUUGUUUGAGCUGAAACCGGAGCACAGUGGAUACUAUAUCUUGCUCUCCAAUAUGUAUGCUGAGAAUGGGAGAUGGGAUGAAUCAAACCAUAUCAGGGCGCUAAUGAAACUGAGGAAGGUGAAGAAGAAUCCAGCAUACAGCUGGGUGCAAUCUGGGAACAAGCUGCGCGCCUUUCUUGUGGGAGAAGGAUCAGAGGGUCCCGAACUAGAGCCAUGUUAUGAUACACUAGUUGAAUGUGAAAGGAUUAGCUCAGCAUGUCAUUAAUGUGCUGGACUAAUCAUAUUCAUUGCAAGAAAAGGUGAUAACCCUCAUCCCCAUCCCUGAGGCAUGCGAUUUGAAGGGAAGUGUUAACAAAUUUGAAGCAGCAAUUCCAGAUCAAGAGGGCUCUCUCCAUUGCUAAAGAGAACUACACAUUGCUAAGAGAUGAUCACAGACAUGCUGUAAGUAGAUGAAUCUCUUUGUAAAAGAAGUUCAAUAUUGUUAUAAAUCUCAUCCUUUGCUAGGUCACUUAUGCAACUCAUCUUUUACUAUUGUUGUCAAAGCUAUCAAAUAAAUUUAAUAUUUAAUAUUUAA